GUCGAAUCGUCUGCUCAGAUGAACCUUGGCAAUGAAUCACUCAUGUCUGAUCGACUGAAACCUCACGUCGGGUGCCACAAGUUUCACAGACAAGAUUCAUGGAUUAAGUUGAUUCAUUACUGACUGUUGGCAUGGAUUCGAGACUUUUAUACUUUAUACCAAUUUUAGUGUUUUUCGCAUCCUUCCAGCAGGGCCGGGCUGGCAGGCCAAGGAUUGUGAAUAAAGUGCGUGAUACAUUGCUGAAAAAUGACAAUGUGGUGCUAGCUGGUAUGGUACCAUUGCCCAGGGUAACACCGUCCCUUAAUAUCCUGAAAUUCCAAGAGCGGCACAAGAAGAUUGUUGAAGUGACGUUAGAAGGCUUCGGACAUGGCAUUUUUGUCAACUAUCACAAUACACAGGGGAGAUACAUCCCGCGAUUUUUCGCGACCAAACUCUACAACCAAAACGAAAAGCGCGUGGAAAUGCUGCUGCAUUUCUGGAACAUGGGCAACAGGUCUUUCUCCCUAGAGGUGUUCAUCUCGUGUCGAUCAGUUGCAAAGCUCAUCAUAUUUACUGAUAUUAAAAGACGGUUGCAGGCGAAUACUCAUGGGGUUGUACACAGAUCUCUAAGCAUCUACACUGGUGAUGCAGCGGAACAGAUGCUGAGAGGGAAAGUCUGCCGCGAAGUGGUCGGUCAUGAAAAUCCACAGGCUGAUCAAGCUCCACUCAACAAUGCGAGGUUCAUUCAGGUCAACACCAAACGUGAAAAACCUCAGAACACUGCUACAAAACCGGACAACGAAAAUCUUGCUAUUGCCAUCCGACAGUUAGUAGAUGUCCUAAAAGAAACCCAACUUGAUAUUCGACAUCAAGCGGGAGAGCUUCAGAUAUUACGGACAACUUUGCAGAACUGUCAAAUGUGUCUAGGCCCUGACGCGCGAGGACAAAUGCACGUGCUCCCAGCAUAUCGAAAACCCUGUUCGAUGAAGCCUUGCUUCCCCGGCGUAGAAUGCAUGGAGACGCCAACAGGAGGGUACAAGUGCGGUGACUGUCCUCACGGUCUUCAUGGCGAUGGGGAGAAGUGUAUAAAGGUGACCUGUGCGGAUCAACCGUGUUUCCCAGAUGUUCCAUGCAUGGACGUCGAAGGUUUAGCCAAGUGCGGCGCAUGCCCCGACGGGUACACUGGUGAUGGUACCAAAAGUGGCUGCGUCGAGCUUGAGGUCCAUACGUGUGGAAACCACAGCUGUUUCCCUGGGGUGGCCUGCCUCGAGAGUGGUGGCGGAUUGAAGUGUAGCGCUUGCCCCAAGGGGUUCGCUGGUGACGGAGUCAGCUGCGUCGAUGUAGAUGAGUGCAAAGUUGUGCAACCGUGUGACCUCUUGGUUACCUGUGUGAACACUGUCCCAGGGUUUUUCUGUCCCGCUUGCCCUGCUGGCUUCACGGCACCGAGUGUCCAGGGUGUUGGAGUAGAAUACGCAACGGAAAACAGACAAGUAUGUAAAGAUAUAAAUGAAUGUAUUGACGGAAAUAAUGGAGGUUGUACUGUAAAUUCUCUUUGUGUGAAUUCACCGGGUUCUUUUCAAUGUGGGGAUUGUUUGGAGGGCUUUGAAGGUAACCAGACAAUUGGCUGUACGAAGAAACUCAACACAUGUGGUGAUGGUGUGACCAUUUGUGACGGUAAUGCCAACUGCGCGCUGAGGAGAGGCUUCGAUCAUUACAUUUGUGAGUGCAAGGUUGGGUGGGCAGGUAAUGGCUCCAUCUGUGGACGAGACACUGAUAUCGACGGAUACCCCGACCAACAGUUACCAUGUGCCAACAAGAAAUGUAAAAUGGAUAACUGCCCGAAUGUGUCAAACAGCGGUCAGGAGGAUUACGACCAGGACGGACUAGGAGAUGCCUGUGAUAUAGAUUCGGACAACGAUGGUGUCAACAAUAGUCCAAUAGGACUCAAUGGGGAUAACUGUCCUCUAAUGGCGAAUGCGGACCAGGCAGAUACGGACGAGCUGGAUAAGAUCGGCGAUGCCUGUGAUAACUGCCCGACAAUAUCCAACCAAGAUCAGAUGGAUACGGACUAUGAUGGACUGGGGGAUGCUUGCGAUCCGGAUGCUGAUAACGAUGGCAUACCCAACGAGUUUGACAACUGUUGGAUCAUUGCUAAUGAUGACCAGAAAGACACAGAUGAAGAUGGUGUAGGCGAUGCUUGUGAUAACUGUCCCAAAAUAAAGAACCCACAACAGCAAGACUCAGACCAUGAUUUCGUUGGAGACGAGUGUGACACGAAUAAAGAUGACGAUCAUGAUGGUUUCCAGCUUGACUUGGACAACUGUCCCGACCUAGCUAAUGCUGACCAAAGGGAUUCAGAUGGCGAUGGAAGAGGUGAUGCCUGCGACGACGAUGACGACAAUGACGGGAUCCUGGACGUUGAAGAUAACUGUCAGCUCAUCUUUAACCCAGAUCAAAUAGACCUCGACAAAAAUGGUCUGGGUGACGUUUGUGAAACGGACUUCGAUGGAGAUGGCGUCAUAGAUAAAUUUGAUGUGUGCCCUGAGGACAAGCGGAUCAACAGAACGGACUUCACCAGGUACCAGACGAUCAAUCUGGACCCCGAGGGCACAUCACAGGUUGAUCCAAUGUGGGUGAUUCUGAACAAGGGCGCCGAGAUAAUGGAAGUGAUCAACAGCGACCCUGGCCUAGCCGUGGGCUUCCACUCCUUCAGCGGGGUAGACUUCACCGGUACAUUCUUCAUCAAUACUCCAGUCGACGACGACUUCGCCGGGUUCAUCUUUAGCUUUCAAGAUAGUUCGAGCUUUUAUGUGGUCAUGUGGAAGAAAAAGGCGCAGACGUACUGGCAGGCCACUCCUUUCAGAGCGGUUGCUGAGCCAGGAAUCCAGUUAAAGCUCGUCCACUCCGUGACCGGCCCUGGCCAGAUGUUACGAAACUCCUUAUGGCACACGGGCAAUACGCCCGACCAAGUCAAACUGCUCUGGAAGGAUCCAAGAAACGUUGGAUGGAAGGAUAAGACGGCUUAUAAAUUCCUUUUGCAGCAUCGGCCAAGCAUAGGUCUAAUGAGGUUUGUGAUGCAUGAAGGUACAGAGAUUGUGGCAGACUCCGGGAAUGUAUUCGAUACUACCCUCCGCGGUGGUCGACUAGGAGUGUUCUGUUUCUCACAGGAGAAUAUAAUCUGGUCAAAUCUUGAGUACAGAUGUAAAGAAGAUAUAUCUGAAGAUGCGCUUGACGAAAGCAUUGGAGGAAUUCCGGCUGCGACCAGCAAGAAAUAAGGAUCUGUUACAAACUUUAGGAAUGAUUCGACGUGGUGCACUUUAACUGAUAUGGAACGAUCUGAAACUACCAAUUCAAGGACGUCACAAGGAACAAUCUCAGUGUAUAUACUAUACGUCACUUAUGACGUAGAUUCAGUUAGUGACUUUCGUGGCAGACAUACAUGUAUGGUUCCGGUAAUCAUGAUAAUAGGAUCGACCUGAUACUAUAUCUCAUGAAGUAAUACACAGUACCAGACAUUGCAUGGUUAUGAUAAGCAACGCGGACAUUCGUUGUACAAAUGUAUUGCUGUUGAAGCUUGUUAUUGUCGUUGAUAAAAUUUGUUGGUCGAAUGUGAGUUCGUCCAUGUACAUAAUUAUGUACACUUUGUAAAGAACACUUCGGGCGUGCAUGAAAUGGUACAUCCAUAAUAUUCAGUGUUUUUGAGAAAUCAUGGUAGAUACAUUGUAUAUCCGAGAUCGGCCUGGCCUAUUUGGGAUGUAGUGGAAAUCGGGGUUUUGACAUGCGCAUGCACUCUCCUCUAAAACAAAAUGUGUUUUUUUUGGUGGUUUUUUAUAUUCGCAAUAUUUUUGUAGCGUAUGGAAAAUUGCUGUGUGAUCAGUGUUUUCAGCUCGAGUUCAUUCAUCAAAUGUAUGUGCAGUACUCUCGAAUCCAGUGCAAUGCACUGUUACACAGCAGUCACAUCUGAAAUGGUGAGUAGGCAUGGCGGCUGACGAAAUUAAACUGAAACCUUUCUUUUUAUUGCUCAUGGGGUUUGUCCAAAGAAUCGCUGAUGCUUCUCAUAACGUUACGACAGCUUGAUUAUUCUCAAAUAGCUUACACAUGAUACAUGUAUAAUGAAUAACUUAGCUGAGGUUUACUCUAGAUGGUAAAAGAUGUGUAAAAACUAUUAAUAGUAUUUAUUUUAUAAAGAAAAAUGUCUUGGAUAUCAACUUAUUCAACCUUCAAUUUAUUGUAUCAAAUCAUUUUCCCAAACUGUAUUUAUUGUCUAAAAAGUGUCUUUGAUAUGACCCAUUCAACCUUUAAUUACUUCUAUCAAAUCUUUUUUCGCAAACGACUACGUUUUGUACUGAUUCGCUAAAAAAGUGAAAUAAAAUUUCAUUUCGUUGUAAAUAAAUAUGA